AAAGAAACCGAGAAAAGGAAGGGUAUCAAAACAACAAAAAGGAGAGCUAUGCAUCUUGCUCUCAUUGUAAAAAGAAAGGCCAUUCCGAGAAAUAUUGUUGGUUUAGGCCUGGAGUUCAAUGCAGAAAGUGCAAGCAGUUUGGACAUGUUGAAAGGGUCUGCAAAGAAGGCUCAAAUCGGGUUCAGCAAGCCAAAAUUGCAGAAAUUGUUGAAGAGGAAGAGCAUCUGUUUAUGGCUACAAAGACUGGAGAUUGCAGUGCAGCCAUCUUAAGCAACGACUCUUGGUUGAUUGAUAGUGGUUGUACAAACCACAUGACCCCAAAUGCAGCCAUAUUCAAAAGCCUUGACAGAAAAUACAAUUCAAAAGUCAGACUAGGAAAUGGAGAAUUGAUGGAGGUCAAAGGCAAGGGAGUAGCUGCUGUUGAGACACAAACAGUAGAAGAUGAAUCUGGUUCAAAAAUGUUUACUAUUAGAAUGAAUGAAAGGAGUUUUCCUAUUCAAUGGAAACAAAUUGAAAUUAGUCUAAAGGCUAGUCUUGUUGAUCUGAGCAAAAGCGAGGAAUUUGAUGAAAGUGCAAAUCGGAACUGGGAAAGUUCGAAAAUUGUUGCUGCAAAUCAGGUUCUUGUAGCAAAUGAUGAACCAAUAUUUGAUUUUGAGAAUGAUGAUGAAUUUGAUGAUGUUUUUGCUAUUAGAGGGACCAAAACACAAGCUGACAUCUAUGAAAGGUGUAACAUGGUCAUUGAAGAACUUGCAAAUUAUUUAGAAGCUACAAGAUCGAAGGCUGGGAGAAUUACAAUGCAGGAGGAGUUUGCUAUGAAGAGUUGCAAAGCUGUUAAUAAUUCACUGGUUCCAAGAGAAAAAUUCAAAAAUGAAAUUCAAUUAGUUUAUUGCAAUUCAGAGGGGCAGAUAGCUAACAUUUUUACAAAGGGUUUGCAAAAAUCCAAGUUCGAGCUACUAAGAGAACAAGUUGGAAUGUGCAGCCUUGAUGGCAAGGAGGAGUGAAGGAAGUUACGUGAAGCAGCUUAGGUGGCAGUAGCAACAUAUCGGUGCCAUCAAGCCGCCCAAGUUCAGUUUGGUUAAACUGAAACUAACCAAACUGUUUUGUGUCCUUUUCUAGUCAUAUUUCUAGUUGGAGCCAUGUGAUGAUGUGUAUUAUUUUGAUGAUAAAAUAUUGUUGUAAAA